UUUCAGGUUAAAACCGAUACAAUAAAUCACCCUUCAAUAAUUCAUCAGCAAUCAACGACUCCCACAAUCGUUGCUCCAACGAUAACCAACAAUUCUCCAACACCAGUGUUACCGGAACCAGUGCCAAUAACUACAUCGACGAGUCCCACGCGAAUUUCGACGACAGUUUCGACACCGUCGAUCAUUCAAUCAGCACCUUUAAGUCAACCGGCUGUUAAUUCUUUGGUGGUAUCAGUUCCUUUACACAGCGCUAGUCUCAGUCCGCACGCGCAUAUUGUUAAUAAUCAAGUUAAGUCGGUUUCAGCGGCUUCAUCACCGUUUUUAGGUCUCCAAGAACGUAGCCCAAGCGUUACUUCCAGCCCUCCAGCAACUGGGAUAAUGCCUGGAGCUAAUAAUAACCAAAGCGGAGUUAUUACAUCAGAAAUGAGUGGUGGAGGUUUAAAAAUAACGUAUGAAAAGCAAAUACCUUCAAACAGUACUUUGCAAGUAGACCUUGAAAGGAUAACGCCAAUUCCGGAAGUUCCAGCGAAAAGAUUACGUUCUGAAUCGACGGAAAAGGAAAAACCACGAAGAAAACGUGGUUCUCACACGUUAGGUACAAGUUUAGCAACGAAUUCGACGAUGACGACGAAAAGGGCGAGUAGGUCGCAAUCGAAUCUCGAUUUAACUGCGCAACACGCAGCGAGUUCAUUUAGUGGACUUUCUCAGAGUACGAUAAAAGAAUCUCCGCCGAGUUCGCCAAGUUCGGAAAGUCUUGGAUCAGCGCCUUCGAACGGUAGGAAAAAGGGGAGGAAAAGUGCUCCGGCAUCUGUGUGCUCCACGGCGAAUCCUAAGGAUUCUAAAGAUAAUGUUAAAGUUUUUCAAAAUGGAAUACAUGCUCCUCAUAUGUUGGGGAACCAAUUGAAUCCUAAUUCGAACAUGGCGCAGAAAAUGUCGGAUCAUCUAAAUUCUGAGUUGGAAGCCCAUAGUAUAUUUACGCCAAAUGAGGCUUCUUGUAACUUAGUUGGACCUCCUUUACAACACCGAGUUAUAGCAUCGGUUCGUUCAAAUAGUACUGGUGGAUCGAGUACCGCUUCUGGCGGUAGUGGAUUAUCUUCAAUGCUUGGUGGAAAUUCUGGAGCUUUACCACAAACAUUAGAACAAUUACUUGAGAGACAUUGGGAACAAGGUUCACAAUUUUUAAUGGAACAAGCUCAACAUUUUGAUAGUAAGAAUAUUAUUAAUGAAUUUUCUUUUACAACGUCGUCUAUUCAUAGGAUUCGUGUAUACAGGGUGGUUCAGUUUUUAAUUGGGAAACGUUACUAG